AUGCAUUUUCAAUUUCUCCUUCCGGCUUUGUUGGCCGUUGGUCGUGCACGCGCAGCACCAGCUCCCGUUGAGGACAACUUGUCGGAGCGGGAUGCGGAUGUGUCUACCGCGUCUAUCUACAUACCAGCCUCAACUCUUCAGACCGAUAUCCUAGCAGCCAAAGGUCUUGUCAAUCUUGCGUUCUAUCAGGUGACGAAUCCAUCGGGCGGAAGUUGCAACUUGCUCAAUGCGGCUGUACGCAGAGAAUGGUCUACGCUCUCCAAAGACGAGAGGCGCGCGUACAUUGACGCGGAGCUGUGCCUCAUGUCGAAGCCGACGCAGGACCCCAACUUCGCGGCAGGCGCACGGUCCCGGUACGACGACUUUGUCGCGGUCCAUAUCAACCAAACCCUGUCCAUCCAUGGGACUGCAAACUUCCUGGCAUGGCAUCGGACCUUCACGUGGAACUUUGAACAGGCGCUUCGAAACGAAUGCGGCUACACGGGGUAUCAACCGUACUGGAACUGGGGCAAGUACGCCUUUGAUCCUCUCCACUCGCCCCUGUUUGACGGCAGCGAUUACAGCAUGUCGGGCAACGGUGCUUAUGAGCCACACGGCUGCACCGAAGGCCUGCCCACGCAGAUCAACUGCAUUCCCCCCGGGUCUGGCGGCGGCUGUGUGAACACGGGACCCUUCAAGGACUACGUGGUCAACUUGGGUCCCGUGGCACCGACCUUGGAUAUCCCGGGCAUCAUCAACUACUCCUCUCCAGACCCUCUGGCCUACAAUCCUCGCUGUCUCCGUCGUGACAUUUCAUCCUGGGUGUCUUCCAACUGGACCAAGGACUCGGACUCGUACGACCUGAUCUCGCACUACAACGACAUUCUGUCGUUCCAGAACCGCAUGCAGGGUGAUUUCAGCGUCGGUUUCUACGGCGUCCACACAGGCGGGCACUUUACGACCGGCGGUGACCCGGGCGGCGACCUCUUCGCCUCGCCCGCGGAGCCGACGUUCUUCCUGCACCACGCGCAGAUCGACCGGACCUGGUGGAUCUGGCAGAACCAGGACCCGAAGAACAGGAGGAACGCCUUUGCGGGGGGCACCUCGACGUUGGAUCCCGUCAACAGCCCACCCGGACAGCUGACCGAUCCGAUCAUCAUGGGUAGCCUGGGGCAGACGAUACAGAACAAGGACGCACUGUGGACGACCGCGGGUCCUUUCUGCUACAUCUACGUCUGA